GGCGGCGGCGGCGGCAGAGCGCCCGGGACUCGGAGUGCGCUCGGGCCGUCUCCGUCCUGCGGGGUUAUCCCACGGUGCGGCUCCGGGUACCCGCGGUUCCGGCGGGUUCAUGGCGGCGGCGGCGGCGGCGGCGAUGGAGGGAAACUGCAGCCUGCGGGCGGCCAUCAGUUCGCAGGAGCUGCUGCAGGAGAUGAAGGCGUUUAUCAGCGGCAUUGACCAGGUACACGGUCACAAGCUGUCGGUGAAGGAGCACGCCCGCUGCGGGAUCUUGCUGCUCCGGAACCUGCCCCCAGCCCGGGCCGCAGUCCUCGAGCACCUGCGGGGGGUCUUCGACGAGUACGUGAGCGGCUACAUCCUGGAGCUGAACCGGGAAGGGGCGGGCGGACCCCCAGGAAUGUCUCAGCCGGGCCUGGACGACGUCACCCAGGAGAUUCAGGGCGUGCUGUCUGAGUUUGUGCAGUCCAACCCCAAGGCCUGGGCUCCGCUGGUCUCGGCCUGGUCCAUCGAGCUGAUGGGGCAGCUCAGCAGUAAAUAUUCCAGCUGGCACCAGGUGCCACACACCAGCAGCCUGAACGAGCUGCUCCAUCUCUGGAUGUCAUGCAAGGCCACCCGGGUGCUGAUGGAGAUCUAUGUGCAGUGCCUGUCCUCUAUGAUCAGCAGCUGCCCAGACGCCUGCGUGGACGCCCUCCUGGACACUUCGGUGCAGCACUCACCACACUUUGACUGGGUGGUGGCUCACAUCGGCUCCUCCUUCCCCAACACCAUCAUCAGCCGGGUGCUGUCCUGUGGCCUGAAGGAUUUCUGUAUGCACGGAGCCUCCUCUGUGAUGGACCCCCUCUUCCCAUCACUGGCAGACAAGCGGGUGCCCAAGAUGGCGUCGGUCGUGGGCAUUCUGGGCCACCUGGCCACUCGUCACUCGGACAGCAUUAGGCAGGAGCUGCUGCUGAUGUUCCAGGAGAGCCUGAGGCCUAGCCGGGAGCCCCAGCACAACGCCACGGUUCCCUUCCUGCUGCAGCUGGCUGCCAUGUCCCCGGCGCUGCUGGGCACGGUCUCCGGUGAGCUGGUGGACUCUCUGACCCCUCCGGUGUUGGAGCAGCUCCAGCAGCAGUUUGCCGGGCUGAGCCGGGACGAUGCCGAUAACCUGCUGGGGCUGGUGGUGCACCUGAUCUGCCAGGCCGGGCCCGGGGCCUACCACAUCCUCCAGUUCCUGGUCAACACCGCCAUGCCGGCCUCGGUCAUCACCACGCCAGGCCUGGUGGUCAGGGAUGGGGUCCGGGAGGCCUGUCACCGUAUCAUCCAGCUGCUCCUCCUCAACCUGCAGAAGCUGGUCUAUAACCGUCCCCUGGGAGGCCCUGGGGAGAGCCAGACCCCUCGCACCGUCCCCUUCUUUGAGGAGCUGAAGUCCCGGGUCAGGGACCUGUGCCAGGAGACCCUGAGGCUGGAGCGGAAGAGGCAUCUCUGGCAACACCAGCUGCUGGCCUUGCUCUGCGUCUACAGCGGGCAGAGCUGUGCCACUGAGGCUCUGGGCCACCUCCUGGUGCUGGCACGGAGCCCCGAGGAGCUGACCUUGGCCAUCAGGCUGCACGACCAGCUCUCAGCCUCGGUGCCAGGGCUGCUGCAGGCCACUGUCAGGCGCUGCGUGGACGGGCUGCACUCCUCCAGCCUGCCUGAGACCCAGGCCGCCCAGCUCCUGACUAACCUGGCCCUGCUGCUGCAGCGGGACGGGGAGGAGAGGGAAGCUGAAGGGGAGGACGGCGAGCUGAGUGAGGAGGAAGGGUCCGCUCUCCCCUCCCCCUCCGCCAUAGGUCGGGGCCUAGCUGAGGCCCUGUCCUCCCAUGUGAGGGACCUGGGCCAGCUGCUGAGGCGCCCAGAGGCUCGGCUCUCUGAGGUGGCCGCCGCUCUGCUCUCGGCGGUGCCCCUUCCCCCUUCCCCGGGCCCCGCCCUGCUCUCGGGCCUAGCCCAGGCCGGAGUCUGUCACUUCCUGAGGGCCCUGAGGCACGGCCGGCAUGGCUCAGCCCAGGACAGCUCCCGGUUGCUGGGCCGGCUCAGCUCAGUCUCUCCCAGCGCCCUGCGGGUCGUCCUGCAGCAGCUGGUCCGCUCUGCCACCCAGGAACCUGGCCUGUUCGGCGGGACCCCCUGGGGAAGCCCCAGGCCCCAGGAGCCCCUGGCCCCUGCUCCCGGAGACUCCCUGCUGGACGUGAACCGCCGCUUUGGCACUGCCGUCAACUUCGGGGGCAGCGUUUGGGCCGUCUUCCAUGCUGGCAUCAUCGGGCGUGGUCUGAAACCCUCAGCCUCCUUAGUCUCCCCUUCGCCCUCCUCCCCAGGGCCUCUGGAAGCCUCUGAAAACCUAUACCAGCUGCUGAGCCUGUUGGUGAGGUGUGGCAGCCAAUGGAGGAGACCCCUAGCACAGCCUGAGGGUGGUCUGGCCGUGCCCCCCAUUAACCCAGAGGCUGCCAAGGCUGUGGCCAUGGCCCUGGUAGAGGAGCUGUGCCCAGAUGUCACUAACAGCGAGCUGGCCUGGCCCACUGAGGACCAUGCCCGCAACACUGUAGAACGGGAUCUGCAAAUCCGCAACCACUUUGAGGGGAACCCGCUGUUCUUCCCCCUGCUGCAGCUGGUGGCCCUGGGGAGGCCAGCUCUCUGUUACUGCUCGGUGCUGCUCCGGGGUCUUCUGGCCACCCUGAUGGCCCACUGGGAGGCUUCCCGGGACAGCCUGACCACCAGCACCCGGUGGCAGCUCCAGGCUUCCUGCUGGCUGGUAUCCUGUAUGGGCGAGGGGCAGCUCCUGCCACCCGUGCUGAGUAACAUGCACGAGAUCUUCCACCUCCUCACCCCCUUCGAGGUGCACCUCCUGCUGCUCACCGUCUGGGAUUACAUGAAGGACAAUGGCCCCCUGCCCCAGAAGUUCACCUUUGACCCCGAGCAAGGCCAGUUUUACCGGGACUUCACGCGGGACGGUGACACCAGCAAGUACCUGGACGUCCUGCACAGCAUCCUCCACAAGAACAUCGAGCAACUCGGCCACUUGUGUGGUCGCUUUCAGAUCUGAUCCGGGCUCUGCCAUCGCCAUUCGCCAUCGCACAGGGCAGGGGCUGCGGGAUUCCACAGAGAGGACCAUUCACUGACACAUCACCAACGGGAUCACCCGACACACACCGUCCCCGAACACCCGAUCACCCGAUCACCCGACACACACCGUCCCCGAACACCCGAUCACC